AUGCCACCAAAAGAAGAAGAAGAAAUACCCGUGCCUCAACGACCGCCUUCGCCGCCUCCACACACGACGUUUGGCGUACGGGGAAUCCUUCCGCCAACUUUCUCCGCCUUCAAACCUCGAGAUUAUCGUAUGCCAAGCCCUCAGGCGAUGAAUCAUGUCGCGUGGAGCUGUGAUGGUAAGAAACUCGCGGCAGUAGGGAUCGACAAAAUAACGAGGGUGUGGCAACCUGAGAAGGGGAUGGAAGCUCGCUCAGCGACAAUGUUCUCCGGUGGGCAUUCGGACGAAGUCGACCAUGUUACCUGGAACCCGACGCAUCCGGAAUUGUUCUGCACGUCGAGUGGGAAAGACCGCAGGAUCGUGUUUUGGGACGCCAGACAAAGUCGCUGCCUGCAACAAGUGUCUCUGAAGCAGUCCCCAUUGGUGAUGAAUUAUUCACCAGAUGGCAAAACAAUGGUGUACACAUCUGCUGGGCAUCAGAUGUAUUUCCUUGAGUGCGGACAAGUGCAAGGUGGGAAAGAGACUUGGAGCGUGCGCGACAAAGAAAUUGUUUCUGGUUCAAGAGCAAUGUUCAACCAUACAGGCGAUGGGAUAGUCCUAACCCACCAUUCGGAACAUACACUGAGGGUGCUGGACUACCCGUCACUUACUGUUAGAGAGACACCGGCUGCGCACGUUGGGGGAUGCGAGGCCGCUGCUUUAGAUCCCAGGGGGAGAUAUCUUGCAUCAGGAGGAUUUGACUCCAUAGUUAACUUGUUUGACUUGACGGAAUGGAUCUGUGCCAGGACGAUCACUGCCUGCGAACAUCAAAUCAGUUCAUUGAGUUUCUCUCACGACGGUGAGUAUCUCGCUAUCGGAAGCACAGGCGUUUACGUCGAUAUUUGUGCGACUGAGACAUCUAUGCCCUUGCAUCGCGUUCCUGCUCUUGCUCCAGCACCAACAGUGACUUGGCAUCCAAGUCGAUAUGUGAUAGCAUAUUGUGGACAAACAAAAGCUAGGGAGGGAGGUCCUGCGCCGGUGGCUGUAGUAAGCUUGUUUGGUGCAUUAGAAUAG